AUGGGCAAUGAGAAUGAGGACAAAUAUGAAGAUGAGGCCGUUUCUCCAUUUUUCCGUCCGUCCCAUCCCAUCCUAAAUUACAAAUCUCGCGCCGGGUGGGCCGAAGAAGAUGUUGAGAAUAACCCUCCAAGUAGUUCUAGCGCCUCGACGGAUUCCCAUUCACAUCAUCGGUAUCUUCGACGUCACUGCAAUCAUCGCUAUCUGGGUUUAUCCAAAUCCACUGGGCAAGAGGGAAUGUUUUCACCACUAUCCGACAUUACCAAAGCACUGUCCCAACCUUCAAGAAAACGACCCAUGGAGGUAAACGAUGGCGUUGGCAAGAAAAUAGAAGACCAUGAAAGCAGCCUUGGUUCCCAAUCUCCGACAUGGAGCAAGCACUCCACUACUACUGAGGCCUCUGUCUCUGCGUCUUCCUCUUCACUUUCUAUGGGAACUGGAAGCCCUGGCGGCACACCGAGACGGCGCCGUCGAACCAUGGUUUCUAAAACCUCCUCCACCAGCAACUUUUCGCCCUCGUUACCGAACCGGCGACGACGUAGAUCUACGUUGAGGCCGGCUGUAGUUGCCUCUGGACGUAACUCGAUCAGGAAUUACUUCAAACCUUCAGAGGACUGA